GUCGCUGAGCCAGGACCGGUUCUCUGCGCAGGCGCAGUGCGCCCGACUCGCCAUGCCGACUGUCACCGUGAAGCGGGAUCUGCUUUUCAAAGCGCUGGGUCGGACCUACACUGAUGAAGAAUUUGAUGAACUGUGCUUUGAAUUUGGACUGGAACUUGAUGAAAUUACUUCUGAGAAAGAAAUCAUAAGUAAGGAGCAAGGAAAUGAAAAGGCAAAGGGAGCCUCUGAUGUCAUUCUUUAUAAAAUCGACGUCCCUGCCAAUAGAUAUGACCUCCUGUGUCUGGAAGGGCUGGCUCGAGGGCUUCAGGUCUUCAAAGAACGGAUAAAGGCUCCGGUGUAUAAACGAGUAUUGCCUAAUGGUGAAGUCCAGAAGUUGAUCAUCACAGAGGAGACAGCAAAAAUACGGCCUUACGCGGUGGCGGCAGUUCUCCGAAAUAUCAAGUUCACUAAAGAUCGUUAUGACAGCUUCAUCGAGCUUCAGGAGAAGCUCCAUCAGAACAUCUGCAGGAAGAGAACACUGGUUGCUAUUGGUACCCAUGAUUUGGACACUCUGUCGGGUCCAUUUACUUUUACUGCAAAGCCGCCUUCAGACAUCAAGUUCAAACCUCUAAAUAAAACCAAGGAGUAUACAGCAUGUGAGCUGAUGAAUAUAUACAAGACCGACAACCAUCUUAAACAAUAUUUACACAUCAUUGAAAAUAAACCCCUGUACCCAGUCAUCUACGAUAGCAAUGGUGUUGUCCUGUCAAUGCCCCCAGUUAUUAAUGGAAAUCAUUCCAAAAUAACAAUAAAUACUAAAAAUGUAUUUGUCGAAUGCACAGGAACUGACUUCACUAAGGCAAAAAUAGUUCUGGAUAUUAUUGUCACCAUGUUCAGUGAGUACUGUGAGAAUCCAUUUACAGUUGAAGCUGCAGAGGUUGUUUUUCCUAAUGGAAAGUUACAGACCUUUCCAGAACUGACUUACCGAAAGGAAGUAGUGAGAGCUGAUCUAAUCAACAAAAAAGUUGGAAUCAGAGAAACUCCAGAAAACAUCGCCAAGCUUCUGACCAGGAUGUGUUUAAAGUCCAAAGUCAUAGGCGAGGGCAGUCAGAUUGAGAUAGAAAUCCCCCCGAUCAGAGCUGACGUUAUUCAUGCCUGUGACAUUGUAGAAGACGCAGCGAUUGCUUAUGGAUAUAACAACAUUCAGACGAGUCUCCCGAAAACAUACACCAUAGCUAAUCAGUUUCCUCUUAAUAAGCUCACAGAACUUCUGAGACAUGACAUGGCAGCUGCUGGGUUCACUGAAGCACUCACCUUUGCUCUGUGCUCCCAAGAAGACAUUGCCGAUAAACUCAGGCUGGACAUCGCUGCAACAAAGGCAGUCCACAUAAGCAACCCUAAAACGGCCGAGUUCCAGGUAAGAACCUCAACCCUUGUUUCUGGGUUACUGAGCUGUCUUGCUAGCUCCCAAGAAAUGCCUUGGCCAAAUUUUACUGUAAUUAUUCCAGACAGAAUUCUACAAGACCCCAGCUACUACGUAGGCGCGAGAAACUACAGGCAUCUCUGUGCUGUCUAUUACAACAAGAAUCCCGGGUUUGAGAUCAUCCACGGCCUCCUGGACAGAGUUAUGCAGCUGCUGGACGUGCCGACUGGGGAGAAGAAGAGGGGAUAUGUGAUCAAAGCUUCAGAAGGCCCUGCUUUCUUCCCGGGGAGGUGUGCUGAGGUCUUCGCCAGGGGUCAGAGCAUCGGGAAGCUCGGAGUCCUCCAUCCUGACAUCGUCACCGGGUUUGAACUGACCAUGCCCUGCUCCUCCCUGGAAAUCAACAUCGAGCCCUUUUUGUGAAGAUGGGUCUCUGGCGUGUGAUCCUCUCCCCAAGUGGCCUUUUUUUCUGUUCCCCUGGUGUCUCUUGGUCACCCUCCUCCUUCCAGGGGACAUCUGUUUGUUCUUUAAUGUUUAAUAAAGUUGAAAGUGCUGUC